CCCUUGGUAUUGGAUCAAGCUUACAUAGCAAUACGUACACCCGCUAUAAUAAGUGUAUGCAAGUGCUGUGGACUUUGUUAGCCGGCGGGUUCGGACUCGGGCGAGAGAGAUGGCGGCGUCGGGGGCGGAGGGGCUGCCGGGGCGGAGAGAGGGGGGUGGUGGUGAAGCGGCGGUGCUGCGGGGGCACGAGGGGGCGGUGCUGGCGGUGCGGUUCAACGGGGACGGGAACUACUGCCUGAGCUGCGGCCGCGACCGCACCCUCCGCCUCUGGAACCCCCACCGCCCCGCCCACAUCAAGACCUACUCCUCCCACGCCCGCGAGGUCCGCGACGUCCACGUCACCACGGACAACGCCAAGCUGGUCUCCUGCGGCGGCGACCGCCAGCUCUUCUACUGGGACGUCUCCUCCGGCCGCGUCAUCCGCAAAUUCCGCGGCCACGACAGCGAGGUUAACUCUGUGAAGUUUAAUGAGUACAACUCGGUCGUGGUCUCGGCCGGCUACGACCGGUCGGUGCGCGCGUUCGAUUGUCGGUCUCAGAGCGCCGAGCCGAUUCAGAUCGUCGAUUCGUUUCAAGACAGCGUAAUGUCCGUGAUUCUGACGAAAACUGAAAUAAUUGCUGGAAGUGUUGACGGCACUGUUCGGACUUUCGACAUACGCAUGGGGAGAGAAGUUGUGGACAACUUGGGGCACCCCGUCAACUGUAUCUCUCUGUCGAACGAUGGCAACUGCAUUUUAGCUAGUUGCUUGGAUUCUACACUAAGGCUUCUUGACCGGUCCACAGGUGAACUUUUGCAAGAGUACAAGGGCCAUACGUGCAAAUCUUUCAAGAUGGAUUGUUGCUUGACCAACACCGAUGCACAUGUUGUUAGUGGAUCUGAGGAUGGCUUCAUUUUCUUCUGGGAUUUGGUGGAUGCGUCAGUCGUUUCGAGUUUUCGAGCACAUAGCUCUGUGGUGACUAGUGUGAGUUACCACCCAAAAGAUGCUUGCAUGUUAACUUCCUCAGUGGAUGGCACUGUUCGUGUUUGGAAGCAAUGACAAAUGACAAUGUAAAAGAUUAAUCCUCGUAGCUUUCUAAUCCUUUCAUUCGACGCCAGCGGCAAGGCGAGUUUGAGGCUCUAUUGUAUAGUAAUUGUGAUUGUACUGAAGUUCUGAAUAUGUUCUGAACAUAUGAUCGGCAUGCGCAUUUUUAUUCCCAAUGAAUGUUUCUCUUCGAUCUUUUCUUGGAUUAGUUUUAUGAUUUUGCUCAGAACCUAAUGGGGCGUGGCUCUUGGAAUUUUCUGGUUCAUAAUUUUUGUCAAAUCUUUGCCAUUCAUUUCGCAAUUGUGGUUC